UAUCCAGCAGCUCGGCCAGCUCGACUAGUCAGACCGAAGCCGUUCGAGUGGAUAAGUCGCUGCGUGCGUGAUGCCGACAAAUUGAGCCGAAUUGAGUCGGCAAAGUGUGUUGUGCGAGUGGUACGUUUGGUCAAAGGGAGAGUCCUUGUUUUCGACGCGGCCGCCGAUCGACGCCGUGGCGCCGAUCCGCCUCGGCCCGACGAUUCCCGUCGACGACUGCACUUUUGUUAUCGGUCGGAGGAGAUGCGCCGAAGCUGCUGCUGCUGAAAAACGCAGUCGACUCGCCCGCCGAAUAAUGAUCGUUAGACAAACAGGGCUGAUGUUUGUCGCGGCGCUGUGUUUGCUGCUUACUUGGGUGUCCGGCGCGUCCGCUUUGGACGAAAACUGGGCGCACUCGGCGUGGCUGGAUGACCGGUACUUGGUGCGAUGGACGCCGGGCGCAGAGGACAUCACGUUCGAGGUUACCGUGGGCACGCUGGGCUACGUGGGUUUCGGCGUGUCGCUGGACGGGAGCAUGCAAGGCUCGGACGUGGUGAUCGGCUGGGUGCAGCACGGCCGCACCAUCUUCCAGGACAGACACGUGUCCCGGGGCCACGUGGAGCCCAUCGUGGACGCCAGCCAGGACUGGGAGCUGCUGCAGGGCAUGGAGAACGACACGCACACCGUGCUCACCUUCCGCAGGGCCUACGACACCUGCGAUAGGGAUCAAGACAUCAGAAUAACGAACGACACGAUGAAGAUGGUGUGGGCGUACCACAGUGAAGACCCGGUGCCCGGCCUGCCCAUGCCCUACCACGGACCCGGCCAGCGCGGCGCCAGGUCGGCCUUCCUCGUGCUCAGGGUGGAUCAGUCGCAGCCGAGUCAAGAGGUGCUGCACACCUGGGAGCUGCGAAAUCCCUCGGUGCUGCUGCCGAGUACGCAAGAGUCGCUCAACUGGUGCAAAAUCUUCAAACUGCCUGCCACCAUGACUGAGAAAAGUCACAUUAUUCGAUACGAACCAGUGACACAGCCAGGCAACCGCCCCUAUAUGCACUACGUACACAUCUACGAGUGUGAAAAUGACCCAGGACUAGAAGAUUUGUACCAUUCACCCGGUGUCCCUUGUUAUCAGCCAGACACACCGAAGCCUUACACUUCCUGCACAAAUAUCGUCUUAGCCUGGGCGUAUGGCUCUGAGGGUUUUACUUUCCCACCUGAGGCAGGCUACCCACUGGACCCUCGGAGUGGCUCUCGCUACUUUAAGAUGGAAACCCACUACAUAAAUCCUACCCUUCACGCUGGAGUCAAGGAUUCAUCUGGAAUCAAAAUUUUUUAUACAACUAAAUUACGGCCAAACGACGCUGGGGUUCUCUCAGUCGGUAUUGACCCGAAUUGGAGACACAUAGUUCCCCCCGGACAGCGAGCAGUUGUCUCGGAGGGCCACUGCAUGGGUGUCUGCACCAACAGGUCGUUUCCCAGUCAAGGGGUUCAAGUCUUUGGAGUGAUGUUGCACACUCACCAACUAGGUCGAAAGGCAAGUUUGCGUCACAUCAGAGGAAACAGAGAACUGGCGCCCUUAGCUUCUGAUUCAAACUACGAUCCGGAAUAUCAGGAGUUCAGGCGGCUGCCAGUGCCAACCCAGGUCAUGCCUGGCGAUCAUCUUUACAGUGAAUGCGUCUACAACAGCUCUGCACGCAGCGCCAUCACCCUCGGAGGAGUAACCAUUCGAGAGGAGAUGUGCAUGGCCGUCGCUCUCUACUGGCCUAAGGUCCAACUAUCCCUCUGCUAUUCCCUGCCCUCGCUGCCCACUGUCCUCCACUCGCUCGGCAUUGAGGAGCUUUAUCCUGGUUCUAACCCGGUGAAAAUCAAGUCACCCCUGGAGCUGGCCAACAUGACGCUGGAACACCGUCUGCGCAACUAUGACUGGAAAAAAAACUUUUUCCAUUUCCAGAAGACAACCCACUUUGGCUCCUUUAAGCCGCUGUGCUGGCACAGUGCCAAAAGAGGCAUCUUGCCUGAUACGGAGGAAAAACUGUUCUUCUUCCCGAAUGUGAGCCGUCUUCACCGAGAGCCAAAUCUAGGGAUUUGCCGGUCUCGCAAGAAAAAGCUUGACGACCCCGGCCGGGUAGAGGUGAGCAACAGCAUCGAGCACAACUCGGGCUUGAUCAGCGAGACGUCGAGUCUCAACAUCGGGCCAAGCCUGCAGGCUGGCCGGCUGCUAGCCCUGCUGGCUGGAGGCCUGCUCUGUGUUCUCGUGUAACGUGCUGUGCCGUCUGUGAUUGUGUCUGCGCCCCCCCUGGGGGCCAGGAACACUCGUCCUCCUCCCCUCCUCUUGUCGACUUCUAUGUCCUUGGAGCCAUUUGUGUUGCGUUUGCCCAUCCGUGUGCGUGCGCGAGAGAUUUGUAUGUUGCAGAAGAAAGCGUUUUAGUCUUGGCGUACUAGUGGCCAAGUCGACCGAUUCGUUAAGAAUUUGAUGUUAAUUUAUCAAUCAUGAAAGUUAAAGUCGACGUGGAUUUGGAAUUUGCACUAAUGUUUUUGUAGGUGGUAGCACGCAAAUGGACCAUGAUUUGCAUUCCUGCUCAGACUGAACGAGCACCCCAUCAUGAUCUCUAGUCAUCAUGUACAUACCAUGAUAAUAGCAGUUGAGCUAUAACUUGAAUGUUCAUUUCCACGUAACCAUAGCUGCAGGAUUGAAAUGAUAAAACUAUUUUCCCCUUGCAUUUGAAUGAAACGGUAGCUAAAGUAUUCAUAAUAUAUUGUAUUGACAGCUGAAAAGAUCUCAAUAUAUAUUUUGAUGAUAACACAGCGCAGCUAUGGAAGCAUAAUAACAAUAUUCCUAAUCAAAUGGAAAUAAUUAUACUUUGUCUGUACGCAACUGGAAUCAAAUUGAUAAAAUUCUGAGCAGAGCACAAAAUUUUCAAUGCCAUGACAAAGUAUCACAAUAAAGUAAUUCAUUUAGCACAACA